UCAUCUUGGCACGAACCCUAUUCAUGAAAAGGAGAAGAAAAAGAUCUAGCUUCCUCGGGGCAUAGGUAGAAUGAUGAAGAAAUGAUGGAAAUGCAGGUAUUGAUGAAACGAAAUUACGAAACGAAACACAUCGAGAUAGCGCCCGUGCAUAAAUAAAGUCAACAAUCUGUGUUGGAGAGCGGCAGGGGACAUACACAUGGAGCAAUGGAGAUCGGAAAGCCGGGGAAGGGAAAAUGUAUUGGACAAAUGGGAAUGCAUACGAAGGACAUUGAAAUGGAGUGCCUAAAGAGAAUGGGACAUUUAGAUGGGAAGAUGGGAGUUACUAUGUAGGGAAUUGGAGCAGAGACCCUAUAGAACAAAAUGGGAACCAUUACCCUUCAGAAUUAUCUAUUGACUGGGAUCCUCGAGCUGACAAAGUAUUGAUCCUGCCUUCCCAGAAGAAGCUGGGUGUGUGGAGAUCUGCAAAACACGGCAUUAGGCCCAAAAGAAUGUCUGUGGACGUGAGAUUAGGUGCAGGUGUAGAUAGGGAUUUUACUCGUGGGGGUGGAGGAUCAUCCCAUGCCCUUAGUACAAGUUCUACCUUCCAUGAAGAAGGGUAUCCAAGAGGGAGCCCUAUUAGGAUCCCCAAUUCCAAGGAUGUAAAAAAGCAAGGAGAGGUUAUCUGCAAAGGCCAUAAGAAUUAUGAACUCAUGCUGAAUUUGCAGUUAGGCAUCAGACAUGCUGUUGGAAGGCCGGGUCCUUCUCCAUCACUAGAUCUGAAGCCAUCAGCAUUUGAUCCCAAGGAGAAGGUUUGGACAAGUUUUCCACCAGAGGGAUCAAAAAGCACUCCACCUCAUCAAUCCUGCAAAUUCAAAUGGAAGGACUAUUGCCCCAAAGUUUUCAGUGCAUUGAGGUUGCUGUUCAAUGUGGAUCCAGCAGAUUACAUGCUGUCCAUUUGUGGAAACGAGGCCCUCCGGGAGCUCUCCUCUCCCGGGAAGAGUGGAAGCUUCUUCUACCUCACAAAUGAUGAUCGUUACAUGAUUAAGACAAUGAAGAAGGCAGAGGUAAAGGUGCUUUUGAAGAUGCUGAAUGCCUAUUUCAAUCAUGUCCGCGCAUUUGGCAACACCCUUGUCACCAAGUACUUUGGCUUACACUGUGUGAAGCUAACAGGAAAAGCACAAAAAAAGGUGCGCUUCAUGAUCAUGGGGAAUCUCUUCUGUACUGGGCAUACAAUUCACAGACGGUUCGACUUGAAAGGAUCAACCUUUGGCCGCUUGACAGAUAAGCCGGAAUCAGACAUUGAUGCAACUACAACUCUCAAAGACCUUGAUCUUAACUACAUUUUUCGAUUGCACAAGGAAUGGUUUGAAGAGUUUCGAAAGCAAGUAGAUAGGGACUGCGAGUUGCUCGAGCACGAAAGAAUAAUGGACUACAGCCUUCUGGUUGGCAUUCAUUUCAAAGAAUUGGGUAAUUCUGGUGAAGGCUCAGAACCAGAAUCCUCUCAAGCAGAUAUGGAUCAGUUGCCCCAAGAUCCAACAUGCUCGGGCGAUAUGAAACUGGGAAUAAGCAUGCCUGCAAGAGUGGAAAGGACAGAAAGGAGAGAUGAUCCAGAACCACAGCUAGUAGGAGAGCCAACAGGGGAGUACUAUGAUGUUGUGUUGUUCUUUGGAAUCAUAGACAUACUUCAGCACUAUGACAUUACCAAGAAGCUUGAGCAUGCCUACAAGUCUUUCCAGCAUGAUUCAAAUUCAAUAUCAGCCGUCGAUCCAAAGGCAUACUCAAGGCGGUUUCGCGAUUACAUCUUCAAAGCCUUUGCAGAGGACAGCUAGAUGGAGCUGCCGA